AUGAGCAUCUACGAAGCGCUAGCCUCCGUCUUUACCCGAGAUCCCAUUGAGACUACUCAGAACGACCAGAAAAUCCCAAUUGACUACGACUCGAAACCAUGGAAAAACAAUCCUCAAUACUUCAAAAAGGUAUAUAUAUCGCCAUUGGCCACCAUAAAAAUGGCAGUCCAUGCCAACGCUGGAGGGUCUAUAGAAGUGAUGGGCAUGAUGACCGGGUCUAUUGUACGAAAUGGAAUUAUUGUCAACGAUGUUUAUCCGCUUCCUGUGGAAGGAACCGAAACUAGAGUGAAUGCCCAGGCUGAAGGGUACGAGUAUAUGGUUCAGUAUCUCGAGUGUCUGAAGCAGGUGGGACGUAAGGAGCAUAUAGUGGGCUGGUACCAUUCACAUCCGGGAUAUGGAUGCUGGUUGAGUGGCAUAGAUGUAGCUACACAGAGUCUUAAUCAGAACUUUCAAGAUCCAUAUUUGGCAGUGGUGGUGGAUCCGUUUAAGACUGUUAAGCAGGGAAAGGUGGAGAUUGGUGCGUUCCGAACGUUUCCGGAAAACUACAAACAUGAAGGAGAAGGGAAAGAAUUGGGUGUUCAUUCGGAUCGGUAUUAUCCACUUGAAGUGGAAAUUUCAAGGUCCCAAGUUGAUACAAAAAUCAUCGACAAUAUCAUCAACGAAUCAUGGCAGUCGUUUCUCUCACAGACAAACAGCCAAAUUGCCAUAGAACUGGAAAAACUCCAUAAACGUAUCGAUGUGAUAGUGGACCAGUUUCGUAAACUGGAAGUCCAGCAUCCACGAGCGUUUGAAAUUUCACGAAGAUUCGAUACCCAAUUUGAAGAAAUGAUCAAUGAAAAAUUGCAAGAAUCCCGCUCUCGUCAAAAGGAAGACUCGGACGAAAGUAGCAGUGAUAUGGAAGAAGAUAGCGAGGCUGAUUCUUCUAGUCGUCGCAGCUAUAAUUCAGAUGAAACCCCCGACCAAAUAGAUGAACCUCGGCACCGCAAACGGGCCAAUGUCGAAGAAAGGUCCCAGCAGAAGCGUCUUCUUUCCAGAUUACAAAGGAAAGCAGGUAUAGACGCCUAUAAGAGUACUGGUAAUGGAAUGGGUGCAUUGGUUCAUAUGGCCAGUGCGGUUGGAAUGAGCCAGGUUCAACAAUUGGCGACGAUCGAGUUGCAGGAAAAAAUCUUCCUGAGUAUAUAG